AUAUGCGUACACACACCAAAGAGAAGCCAUUCCAGUGUACAGUCUGCACCAAAAGGUUCUCUGUUUCUAGUAAUUUGACAUGUCAUAUGCGUACCCACACCAAAGAGAAGCCAUUUCAGUGUACAGUCUGCAACAAAAGGUUCUCUGAGUCUGGUCAUUUAACUGUUCAUAUGCGUACCCACACCAAAGAGAAGCCAUUUCAGUGUACAGUUUGCACCAAAAGGUUCUCUGUGUCUGGUUCCUUGACUAAGCAUAUGCAUACACACACCAAAGAGAAGCCUUUCCAGUGUACAGUCUGCACCAAAAGGUUCUCUGAGUCUGGUCAUUUAACUGUUCAUAUGCGUACCCACACCAAAGAGAAGCCUUUUCAGUGUACAGUCUGCACCAAAAGGUUCUCUGUUUCUAGUAGUUUGACAGUUCACAUGCGUACUCACACCAAAGAGAGACCAUUCCAGUGAACAGUAUGUAGAAAAAGUUCUCUCAGUGUGGAAAAAUGAAUCAACAUAAUAUGCGUUGUCACACAUCAGUUUAGAAUGUCUGAGUUUCUUCUCUAUUGGUGUGUUGUCUGUGUAAUAUCUCUCCAAUAUUGUUUAAAAAAAAAACAACUAAUUAUUCGGUAGAUUUGCAUUGCAAAAUAAGUUGACUGGAUGUUCCAUCCACAAUAAUUAUGAAUUAAUUUUUCAAAUAUCAAUAUGGUGUGUAUAACAUAAGUUGUGACUUAUGUUGCCAAAUUGUGCAAAAUUUCAAUCUUUUCAUGCGAGUCCAUAUGACAGGAUCUAUUCAAUUGGACAACACUGUCGAUGCUGAGUUGUCAAUAUGAAUAUAUCCAGUUAUAUGGGUUUGCAUGAACAAAUUGAUAUUCUGCACAAUUUGGAAACAUGGAUAUUUUCUCCAAGCCUCAACUAAUUUUAUAGAAACUCUUGUAUCAUGUUAUAUUGUUCUUAGCUACAUAAUAGUGUAUUCAUAGAUAUGUAAGCGUCCAUUGUAAAAAUUGUAAAAUAAAUAAAUAAGGCGGCUCCAACAUUUGAGGUUUAAGCAACAAUCAAUAUAAAUAAAUAAAAAAAACAUGAGACAUUAGUGCAAUAUUUUCACAUUUGGAUCGUUCACCAGAACGUUCUUCAACAUUGUAGAAAUAUACUUAAUCUACAAAAUACUCUAUCUCAAUAUUAUGUAAAUUUAUUAUUGAAUCGAGAAAUAGAGAAGGCUAUAAUGCAGUAUUUGAUUAACAUUGGCGUUGCUAUCCUUGUAUAUCAAUCAACAAAGCAGACAGUGGUAUCAUUUUCUACCUCUGCAACUUUGCCAGAUCGUUCUUCAACUAUGUAUAAAUAUUAUUAAUUUACAAAAUACUUCAUUUAAAUUAUAAAAAUUAAUUAUUGAAUCGACAGAUAGGAGGUUCAGAAAUCUGUUUGUAAUAUUCCUUGUAAAUAAUCCCUUAUAUGGAGAGAAACUUAUAUUCGAGGGUUUUUUAAAUUAAUAGAAAAUAAUGUACUGUACAUAUUAUAGUAAAUGGAUGUCAAUUAGAGUCCAAUUUUUGUGGAUGUUUAUUGUUGUGUUGUAUAAACCUUGUACUUAUUGUGCUGUAUUGUAUUGUAUUGUGUUUAAUUGGCUGGUUAUGUCAAAUUGUGAUGUUCUAUUGAGUCAUUAGCCUCAACAUAUUUUUAAAAGAUAAAUUCUAUUCUAUUCUUAUCUUUGUGUUCUCAUAAUGAUAAAUAACUUGUCACUUGUGUAUUAUGAAAUAUGUGUAAUAAUAAUGUAAUACUAUUUAUAUUAAAUUUGAAUAUUCUGUGUUGAAA